CGUCGACGACAUCGUCGCACGAUACACGAUGUUCCGCACCCUCGCACGAUUAUACAACAUCCAAGCGCUCAGGGGUCCAACCACCCACCUGUUCGAAGGCCGUACAACCCUCUCGGGGUACAACGUCCCCCACUCAAAGCACAAGACAAAGCGCAAGUGGAAGCCGAACGUGCACACCAAGCGUCUCUUCUCCGAAUCCUUGGGCGGGACAGUCAAGGUCCGCCUCACGGCCAGCACGCUGCGUACGAUCGACAAGUAUGGAGGGCUGGACAGCUAUAUGCUCAGAAAUAAGAACUUGCAUGAGUUUGAGAGGAUGGGGGGCAGCGCGAUGGCUUUGAGGAUACGGAUACGGGAGGCGGAGAAAGAGAAGGUGGAUAAGGCGCUCGCGGAGGAGAUGCAUAAGAUGGGACUGUCAUAACGGCAAACCAAGUGGGGAGAUUUGCUGAGCCGGUGCGGCUCAUUCUUGCAUGUACAAGCAACUUUUUUUUUGCAUUAAUCUAAACAUCACCACAACCGUCUAUCAACAUAUCAACAUAUGCUUUCGUAACCAAUACACAAGAGCGCAUAUGUGCGCAUCGGGUCUCGUCAAUGUCCCGUUAUACCUGCGCGAAACACGGGGAAACGGAAACAAC